CACAAGAUCCACCCCGUGACAUCAUUAGCAUAGCAUAAAUAAGAAGGAGCUGCUCCAUGGCUCAGGACCACUCUCCUGGGACUCCGGCUUCUCGACUUCUGCCCCUCCGCUCCUGCACCCUAAAACUCCAUCAUGGCUGGAGAAUUCUCUGCUGACCAGAUUGAGGACUUCAAAGAGGCCUUUGGUCUCUUCGACAGAGUUGGUGACAACAAGGUUGCCUACAACCAGAUUGCUGACAUCAUGCGCGCCCUGGGACAGAACCCCACCAACAAGGACGUGAAGAAAAUCCUGGGUGACCCAUCUGCUGAAGAUAUGGCCAACAAAAGAGUUGACUUUGAUGCUUUCCUGCCAAUGCUGAAGACUGUUGACACCAUCCAGAAGGGUACCUACGAUGACUACGUUGAGGGUCUGCGCGUCUUCGACAAAGAGGGCAACGGCACAGUGAUGGGCGCUGAGCUGCGCAUUGUGCUCUCAACACUGGGUGAGAAAAUGAACGAGACCGAGAUCGAUUCUCUCAUGCAGGGACAGGAGGAUGAGAACGGCAGUGUCCACUAUGAGGACUUCGUCAAGCACAUCAUGUCCGUUUAAGAGGCCGUCCAUUGAGGGAGUGGUGAAGAAGGCUGAACUAUAUCUGCAGACCCCAUGGUGUCAGGACAUCCAUUCUGUUUUGAAGACCAAUCAAUAAAAAGGACUAUGGGAUGUCACUUCUAAACCAUUCAGUUUUUUUUUUUUU